AUGGCUACUCCAUUGAUAUCAACUCCGGUGAAGUCCCACCACGGACUGUUCUCAUCCAAGACCGCUGGCGGCCGCAUGCCUCUCACACCAUCUCCUCAUACACGAACAACUAGCCUCACACCGAAUCGCUCAUCUCCCUUUACUCCCCCUCGUCAAUCCGCCGAUGGGGCAAAAGACAAUAACCGUUCCGUCUACGGCGGUAACCUUUCCUCAUACUUUGCCAAGUCGAUCUCGAAAACAUCAAGGGCGUACCGCGAGUCUCCCAAACCCAUCAAAUCAAACAUUGCCAGGGUUCGCAAGUCUCCCCGGCAUUUGGAGCUCGGUGUGUCAGAUUGGUCAUUGACCGGUACCGGUCCGACGUCAGCUCAGUCGCCCUCGUCGAAGGAGCGAGUGCGAAAGGAGGUUUCCACUCGCACCACGAGAUCUGGCAAGACUACCGUCCGCAUCUCUCACAAUGCUGGCGACCGGUUCAUUCCCAACCGUACCGCUAGCGAAGGGCUGGCAACAGCUGGAACGGCCAAGCCCGAAGAGAACCAACGCCCCAAGUCGAGCAGUAAUGAAGGAUCGUCGGUCCUGGCGAGUGCUGCGAGCGCAUUUGACAUUGGCGGCCGCGGCACAGACGACGAUCUCACCGCUGCCCUGGAGAACCUGGGGCUUGAGGAUAACGACAGCACAACUUCAUACACCCGGCCCGCGCCUGAUGCUGUCGCUUACGAAUCGUCACUGGCUGAUGCGUGCGGCGUCAAUCUCAACACUCGCAUUCUUGCCUUCAAGCCACCACCCCCAGAAUCUUCCAAGCCCAUUGACUUGCGCGCUCAGUACAAUCGUCCUUUGAAGUCGAGCAAGUCCAAGUCGUCCCAGUUUCGUCGGAGAGUGCAAACCGCUCCUGAGCGUGUCUUGGAUGCCCCGGGCCUGCUGGAUGAUUACUAUCUUAACUUGCUGGACUGGAGCUCGGGAAACCAGGUUGCUAUUGGUCUCGAGCGCAAUGUCUAUGUAUGGUCGGCAGAGUCGGGGACUGUGAGCUGCUUGCUGGAGUCUGCUCCUGACACCUACAUCAGCAGCGUCAAGUGGAGUGGCGAUGGUGCAUAUGUCGGAGUUGGUCUCGGUACUGGAGAGGUCCAGAUUUGGGAUGUGGAGGAGGGCACAAAGCUGCGGAGUAUGUUUGGCCAUGAUUCCCGUGUUGGAGUCAUGGGUUGGUCCAAGCACACUCUGUCGACCGGUGCCCGUAGCGGUCUUGUUUUCAACCACGAUGUUCGUAUUGCUCAACACAAGGUUGCAGAGCUCGUCUCCCAUACUUCGGAAGUGUGUGGUCUCGAAUGGCGGCCUGAUGGCGCGCAGCUCGCUACUGGUGGUAACGACAACCUAGUUAACAUCUGGGAUGCCCGGUCUCUCAGUGCCCCCAAGUUCACCAAGACUAACCACCGCGCCGCUGUGAAGGCUCUGAGCUGGUGCCCUUGGCAAUUGAACCUUCUUGCUACUGGCGGAGGCUCCUACGACCGUCACAUCCACUUCUGGAACACCACCACUGGUGCCCGUACCAACAGCAUUGAUACCGGCUCUCAGGUCACCAGCUUGAGAUGGAGCAACCACUACCGGGAGAUUGUCAGCUCCAGCGGGUUCCCCGAUAACUCCCUCAGCAUCUGGAGCUAUCCCACCUUGGUUCGCAACGUUGAGAUCCCUGCUCACGAGACCCGAGUCCUUCACAGCUGCCUGAGCCCUGACGGUCAGUUGCUGGCUACUGCCGCUGCUGAUGAGAGCUUGAAGUUCUGGAAGAUCUUUGAGCGCAAGGCUGGAACUAGUGCUUCGGCAUCUCGAGAAGGCGGUGUUGGAAGCAAAGCUCAGAUGACCAAGUCAAUGACUAUCCGGUAG